AUGAAGAGGCCUGUGAACGAAGGAAGGGCGCCUGCCUCUCCCCAGACUUACACGACCCCAGAUGCAGCACUUCUCCAAACACCGCCUCCAGAGUCACCGAGAGCGUCUAAUGAGCGACCUCGAAAAUUGAGACGCCAGAGCUCACGAAUGCUGACUGCUCUGCGCUCGCUUACAAAUAGUGCCGCAUCUGGAUCUUUUAGGGAUACGGCUACUACUGAUGCUGCGGGUACCUCUUUGCAGAAUGGCGGCGAACGUCGUUCUUUAAAAAGGGUAUUCUCGUUGUCAGCUCUGCGAAGUCCCUUCAGUCCUCAUCAGACAAUUGUUCGACGAAGGCCCAAAUCAAGACCAUCCGCCCCUUCUCUCAGCCAGCUUCAAUCACUCAUAUCAGACUCUGAGAGCCAAUUGCAAGAUGCACUAGUAUCCAAUAGCACCAGCAAUAGUAAUACAACGUCAAGUGGCCCAUUAUCGGCACUGGCCAGUGACAACAACACAACUCCUAUAACAUCUUGCGAUUCAAAGUUCUCAAAGUCAAGCAGCAAAACUCAUUCUGGGGACAAGAAGCUAAAGUCAACUCCAAGUGUAAUUCGACGCAGCAAAGAACCCGAAAUAGACUCCAGAGAUUCACCUUUGGAACCUAUUGCAGAGACAGUGUUGGAUCAUUGGGCCCCCACCAUCAGGACGGUUGAAAAGGCUGCCGCGGCAAAGAUUUAUCUCGAGACCUACUACAACGAAAAUCUUUCCAAGCCGAGUCCCAGGGCUCUGCGACUACAAUAUCUCAGAGCCCAGCUAUACCGCAGCGACCUGUCGCCUCAGGGGAAACAUGCCAGACACGCAGAGUUUUACCGGAGAGAGACAAAUCAUCUCCGAGAGACUCGACUCAUCAGAUCGAGGAGUUUUGUGCCGACAAUGAUGGGUCUAAGAGGAAAGUUUGAUAACAGAUACGAGGUUCUCAAGAUUCUGGGUAAAGGGAGCUUUGGGGUUGUAAGGCUUGUACGAGAGAAAACCUCAGAUGAACCCAAAACUCCCGAAGGACGACCGUCUGUGUUUGCCAUGAAGGUGAUCAGGAAAUCUGCAAUGAUACGCACCAGUCAAGAAGGCCAUCUGAGGGCAGAGAGGGAUUUUCUGGUGUCAUCCGAUGGAUCAAAUUGGAUUGUACCAUUGGUCGCCAGCUUCCAAGACCCUGCCAAUUUGUAUCUUGUCAUGGAAUACAUGCCAGGUGGCGACUUUCUUGGCCUCUUGAUACGAGAGAACAUACUCAGUGAGCCAGUAACCAAGUUCUACAUAGCGGAAAUGAUACUGUGCAUUGAGGAAGCACAUGGCCUUGGCUUCAUUCAUCGAGACAUCAAGCCUGACAACUUUCUAGUGUCUGCUUCCGGCCAUCUCAAGAUCUCGGACUUCGGGCUGGCCUUUGAUGGCCAUUGGUCACACGACACAAGCUACUACCAUACCCACAGAUACAGUCUUGUCCACAAAUUGGGUCUUUCCGUUGAAGGUGAUGCCCAGGAUCGAUCUGAAGGGUUUGGGGGCACCAUGAAGUGGACUCGAAAUGUAGCUAAGGGCAUGAGAAAGCACGAACGCAAGGAUGGACACAUGGCAUCAGUCAGUGCUGACUGGGAACCUCUUCUCGAAUGGCGCAACCGUUGUGGGAAUCGCACCGCUGCCCGAUCAGUGGUCGGAACAAGCCAGUACAUGGCCCCCGAAGUGAUCCGUGAAGGGGUAUAUGACGCGAGAUGCGACUGGUGGAGUCUCGGUAUUAUCCUGUAUGAGUGCCUGUACGGACAUACACCUUUUCUUUCCGAAGCAGGUGGCCGGCAGGAGACCAAGCGCAAUAUCGUGAACCACAAGCAGACGUUUGCUUUCCCGGCGCGACCAUUGAUCUCAAAUCGCUGCAUGGAGCUCAUGAGCUGGCUGAUUUGCGAAAAGGAAAGCCGGUUAUGUUCCAAACGCUACCAAAUCAAUGAUCAAGAACAACAUCAAUCGCCGACAUUCCGGUCUCCCAGGCGUCGGCGACAUGACAUGAUGGGCCGCGCUGUUCAUCCGUACGAUGCUGAGGACAUAAAAGCACACAGGUGGUUCCGCGACAUUCCCUGGGAUUGUCUUCAUCUGAUACCUCCACCCUUUGUGCCUCGACUUUCCAACAUAGAGGAUGCGCAUUAUUUUGAGGAGGACGAACCAAUAUCGGAUUGGUCCGAGUCACAACCGGAUACUGAUACGGAUAUCGAAGCACAAUUCUAUCCGUCGCCAGUGGAUGGCAUGGCAUUGGAAAGCCUUCCCAUGACUCCCCCUAGUACUAGAGAUGUGGCAGCGGCCCCAUACAUUCACGCUGCUGCCUUGCCCGUGUCUCUGCCUCGCCACAGCCCACGAAAGAUGGCAGAGAUGCACGCAACACUCGCAACUUGGCCCAAGCCGAUUCGAACAGUCAUGUCGCAGUUUGUGGCUUCGCCGUAUGAUUCGAUACGCCUCAAACGCAUUCAUCGUGAGAUUGAGCACAUGUCGCCCGACUCAAACGAGGUCGAGAGGCUCAAGCUGUUUGUGCGCAACUUUGGAAAGAAGGAGCGCAAGCGGCCCCGUGACCGGUUAUUGAGGGACCGCCAAACAAAAGGUGUAGUACUGGAGAUUCGAAAGCAAAGUGCUUUCUUGGGCUACACAUGGACGAGAAUGGAGGCGAGAAAUUUUCUAUCAGAAACCAUUGAAUCCAUCAAGACAGAAGGAACAGGAAAUCCCUCAGAAGAAGUGAACACGAAUGGCCAAAGAGAGAGUGAAAGUAUAGCUGCGCACAGAGCCCGGUAUGGUGGCCAGAUCAGGAUUGGAGGUUAG